AAAAAAAAUGGCCGCUGCAACUCCACUCUGUGUCCACUCCUCCCCUGAAACUCACCUUCACGCACCAAAGUCAACAAGCAUCAAAACACUGGCAGAAUCACCUGGCCUCACUUGCAUCCCUCCAAACUACACCUACACCACAAAUCCUCGUGAAUCUGCGGCAUCAGAACCAGAAGAUUCAAUUCCCAUCAUUGAUUUUUCCUCCCUCACCUCCAGUGAUCCUGAUCAACGGUCCCAAGUCAUCCAAGACCUCGGCAAAGCUUGCCAGGAGUGGGGCUUCUUCAUGGUGGUUAACCAUGGUGUGCCGGAGAGCUUGAUGAAGGAGAUGGUUGAUGCGUGUAACGGGUUUUUUGAUCUGAGGGAGGAGGAGAAGAGGGAGUUUGAAGGGAAACAUGUGUUGGAUCCGAUCAGGUGCGGCACCAGCUUCAAUUCUAAAGCAGACAAAGUGUUCUCCUGGAGGGAUUUUCUCAAGGUGUUUGUGCAUCCUCAGUUUCACUCUCCCAACAAACCUACAGGUUUCAGUGAGCUCUUAAGAGAGUAUAGCAAACAAACCCGAAAAGUGGCAAUGGAGUUACUCAGAGGCAUAUCAGAAAGCCUGGGAUUGGAAGAAUGCUAUAUUGAGAAGGCAAUGGAUCUAGAAUCCGGUCUGCAAAUCUUCGUCGGAAACCUCUAUCCUCCCUGUCCACAGCCAGAACUCGCAAUGGGUUUGCUGCCGCACUCCGAUCAUGGCCUGCUAACCAUGCUUAUCCAGAAUGAAAUUGGAGGCCUGCAACUGCAUCACAAUGGUAAAUGGGUUAAUGUCAAGGCACUUCCCAAUUCCUUCCUCGUUAAUACUGCUGAUCACCUUGAGGUGAAUUUCUUUUCUUUUCUAUGGUUUCAUUUACUAAAUUAUCAACCCGCUAUAAAUGAGCUGAGUCAAAUCGAGCUCAAACAAAACCGAGCUUUAAGGUGUUUGGGUUUGGUUUGCUGAAAAUUGUUGAGCUUGAAGAAUCGAGAUCAAACUCUACUCAUCAAGUAUUUGAGCAAUUUGAGCUUAGCUUGAAUCAACUCAAUUACAUAAAGGAGCCGAGUUUGAGCUCGAACCAAAAAUCAAACUCAUUUAAGAUGUCCAUUAAGAGAGGGAAAACAAAGUUGUGAACAAAAUAUAGACAAAAAUGUUAUGAACCCAAUCUUGUCAACUUAUACUUUA